AUGUUUAUGGAGUUUCCAGUACCUUCCUGUCCAUGGCACCCUGACUCCUGGCGGGAAGCUGGUGUCAAGUUAAAUUGUUCAAGAGAUCAAUUUGGCAGGAUCCUCUACCAAUGUGCACCAAACGAAGGGAAAACAUCACUUGUCGAGUUUUGCCUCAAAGGAUCUGUAGCGAGAAUUGAAAAAGGUUUGUGUGUGGAUUCCUUAUCAAAUGGUUUCCUAGGUGUGCAGAAUUGUAGCCACUUUGAUUACGGAUGUCCUAAUAGGUCCUACAUCAAUAAUGAAAUAUACAAGUAUCCGGCAUGCUUAGAAAUAAAUACGGAUGAACAUUGUUAUGUAGCGGAUCCAUCUUGUCCAAAUAUUUUCAGGGUGCAAGAAAAUACCACAGACUAUUUUACGAAAAUAAAUGGUCCAACUACAGCUAGUACAGCAACAGCUCUCCAGAUGUCGAUCAAUUUAUUGGCAGUGUUUGGAUCAACGAUCGUAGUCCUGGGAAUCCUGAUUGGCUUAAUUCUAUUCUACAGGAGGAGAGGGCACAUAUCUAAACAAGUUACAACAGGUUAA